ACAGGUGACACCUUGUUAUCAAAGGCGUAUCUGAGUGAUUCAUUUUGUAACUAAAAUAAUUUACGUACAGAAUUUACUCCAAUAUUAUUUAAAUAUAAUAAUUGAACUACUUACUUACAACUUUCAUAAGUGGGAUAACCUCUCGUCACAAAAGUCUUCAAAAUGCCAGCGUAUCAUUCCACAUUAGUUGAUUACACGCAAUCGGUAGGCAAUUUGGCUCUGUUGCCUAUUCGCACUACAUUCAGAGGGCCGGCGCCCACUAGCCCUAAGAUAGAACUUGAUAUAAUUGAUGAAGCUUUAAAUUAUUUUAAGGCCAACGUUUUCUUUAGAUUUUACGAAAUAAAGUCUGAUGCAGAUAGAGUCCUCAUUUAUUUGACUCUGUAUGUUUCGGAAUGUCUGAAGAGGUUACAGAAAUGCUCUAACAAGAAUCAGGGCCAGCAAGAGAUGUAUAUGUUGGCUAUAUCUAAAUUUGACAUUCCUGGUGAGAGUGGUUUCCCUCUCAAUUCUGUGUACGCAAAACCCUCUGGCCCUCAAGAAUCAGAUUUGAUGCGCCAGUACCUUCAACAACUGAGACAUGAGACUGGAACUCGGGUGUGUGAAAAGGUGUUUGCGACCGAAGACGGGAAACCCAGCAAGUGGUGGCUCUGUUUCGCCAAAAGGAAAUUCAUGGACAAAUCCCUGUCUGGCCCCGGCCAGUAGUGGACGGAAAUGUAUUAUGAAGCAUUUAUUUUAUUAUAUAACAAUUUAUAAUUUUAUGAUUUUCUUUAUUAUUAUAUUCUGUCUCCAAUUGAAGUUGUAAAGGUUUAUUUGUAAAUGAAUUACUGUGAAACAUGUGACCGCAACGCUCGAGACCUAUCUGGACCUAGUUGUGUUAUUUCCGUUCCGCAUAACUAAUUUUUGUAUCUGCAAUGUGAAUGUAUGUUUGAUGAUGAAUUAUAAUUAAAAUAACUCUUUUUAGA